CGAUUUUGGACACGUGAUGAUAAUUUUGCAUUGCACAAAAUUAGAUCGCCUUAUCUCCAAAGACCAGUUUUAAGUAAUACCAAAAUGUUCUCAGAACGCAAACUUAAAUUACCUAAGCUUCCAAAAAUACCAAAAAUAUUAAAAAAGAAAAAAACUCCAAGUAUUGAAAUGACGACCAACCGACCUGAAAUUAGUAAUACCGUUUCUGAGCCUGAUCUCGAAAAAAAGUUUGCUGAAAACCUGAGUUUGAAGGACUCAUAUGACCUCAAGGAUGAAAAACAAGAGAACACAGCUUCAGAAACUAAAUCCGGAGCGUCUAUUGGUACGGAAUUCACUUCAAAACCGGUAGCAAAUGUUGAAGGUGACAUCGAAAACUUUGCACUCAGAUUUCGUUUGGCCUCAACCCCGACGGACAUUAAUGAGCGUCGCUUAAUUUUUGACUAUGUCAUCGAUCCAGAUUGGGAUCCAAUCGGGGAGGAACUCGCCACAAAUGUACUUGAAUAUCGUCGUUUACUCGAAUCUGACACUCUUGAUCCAUUGCAGAGUACACAUAUAUUAAUCGUUCAUGGGAAAUUUGUUAGGUACGGAUCAAGUAAAGAAGAAAAAAAAAUGAGGGAGGAUUAUCCAGGGUGUUAUUACGUACCUGUUAAAGAACGUAUUGUUGAAUUGCGUAGAUUUUCAGCAUCUGAUGCUAAUACAAAUGCAGGUGCAGAGAAAGAGUGGCAAGUGCAUAUUCGUCUUCGAAAUACAGUAAAUGCCUGGGAUGAAGCAGGAAUGGCAAAUGUAGAGCAAGGUUUCCGAAUGAUAAUGGAUACAGGCGCAACAACGACUGUAAUCCCAUACUUUAUAAGAAGAAAACUAUAUAGUGCUCAAGAUGGUUGGAGUCCAAAUCCUAGUAGAGCUGAUGGAUAUGGUGCUGGCGCAAAAAUGUUUCAGAUUUCAAGAGAUUAG